AAAAGAGAACCCGGAUGUUUCUAUUAGCAACCCCAUAAACGAAAAUGGCGGAGUCACCAGCUACGAUUGACGAUGAUAAGGACGUUGAUGUGGAUCCUCUGAAUGAUUAUUCAGACGAACAAUUAUUCCAUCAUGUAGAGGAAACCAUGAAAGAAAAUGAGGUCCUACAGACUGAGACUCAGAUGUUUGAAAAGUACCUCAAAAGAAAUGAGCCAAAAGAUACCUUGGGUCUUCCAAGUGCGGGUUUAUCUAGCGGAGUGGCCCAGUCCGGGUCACAGCAAGAUGUGGGGCGAGGAGUCGGAAGGAAGCGGUCCAAAUCUAGGACAAGUAACAUCAACACUUCCCUCCGACUCACAACGGAACAGAAAUGUGACAUCGCACAAAAAGAAAUCGAUGAUCUGAAGGAUGAAAUUGAACAGUUGAAAGAGAACUGUGAAAAAGUCCUAGACACAUACAAGGCAAUCAUGGAGGAAGCUGAUUUGAGGUUAGCAGAAACCAAAAAAGAAAGCUAUGAAUUUGAAAGAGAUAUUGUGAAGGGUGCUAUGAAUCCAAGGACUGGAAAAGUUAUAGCUGAGAAAGUCACCAGAUAUCUGGAUGAGAAAAACAGAUCAAGGGACACCCUUAUUGAGAAGCUACGGCUGAAAAAUUCCACGUUGAAAGUACAGAAGAAAAAGCUGGACCUUCAGCUUAAACAGAAAGAAGAAAUGGGUGAAGUUUUGCACAAAGUGGACUUUGAUCAGUUGGAGAUAGAAAACAAACAGUAUUUAGAAAAGAUUGACCAGAGGAACACAGAUUUAUUGGCGCUGAAGCUGAUGUCAACUAGAACCAAUGGUGUUCUCAUCAAAUAUAAGAAAAAGUUGCACACAUUAACAAAAGAGUCAGAGAGGCUGAAAUCAGAAAUAGGAUCUAGGAAUGAUUUGCUCUCUAGGAUUGAUUCAGAAACAGAAGUUGUUGAAGAGGAGAGGGCAAAGGCUGAGAAAAUUAACAGGAAGUUGAGGCAACAGUUGGCAGAUUUUCGCGUACCAGAAGUUAUGGAAUAUGUCACAGAAAAAGCCGAUCUGUAUGAAUUGCAAAAGAAAGUCAAGAGCUGGGAGAGGAAAGUUGAAAUCGCUGAGAUGUCCUUGAAGACACAUCGAAAAACCUGGAACCAGAUGCAAAUGGGAAGUCAGAUGGAAAACCAAUGGCGGAUGAUGGAGGCUGCCAUGUAAAUUAGAAGUUGGUUGAAUUACCAAAAAAAAACAAUUAUUUUUAAAAAGGUUGCUCAUUCCAAGAAUGAAAGAAGAGAUCGAGAUAGAAAGAAAAAUGAGAUAUUUGAUCCGGUUCCCAUAUUCUUUUGGUAUUUAUUUUACUCAUUUAAACUUAACAAUGUUUGUUAAAUCAGUGCUGAAAUGCUGAAAACAAGUGGUCCAAAAAAAAAAAUGUUUAACAGUAUUCAAUGGAGUUUAAUAUAUUGUGUACAUUUGAAACUAUAUUUGAACAAUGAUCAUGUGUUGCACUUUAUUUACUUUAUAAAUGUUGUGAAGUUUUGUUCUGUGAUACAUGAGAGCUCUGUUUACCCUAUACUUAACCCAAUCAGCCAUUUUAUUUUUUUCCUUAUAGUCUGUACUUAAAUCAAUUGUAUAAACAUGUCACUGGUUGGCUAAUGAGUAAAAUACUGGAUUGAUACUGUAAAUAUAGUGUUGUUAUUACAUGUACUGUUGAUACGUUGAAACAUAUACUUAAUUCUGAUCAGUUUAUAUUUAUAAAAUUGUACAGGCAAA